AUGCCUUUAGCAGCGAUGGCACGUGUAAAAACAUUUACACGUAUUCCAUAUAAGUUUGGGAUCCACAAAUACGAAUCUACAAUGAAUAACGCAAAUGGUGAGCGAACGUUGAGUGUCGAUGCUGAUGAAUACAACAAACAUCCUCGAAAUCAUAUAUCACGGUCGAGUUCCGGUAGUACGAGUAGCAGUACGACGAAUGGAACCAGACGUGGUAAAGAUAUUCCGCCGUGUGUUGUAUGUGGCGCCGAUGCACAUGGAUAUAAUUUUGAUCAAAUCACGUGCGAAUCGUGCAAAGCCUUCUUUCGUCGAAAUGCAUUGAAAUCGAUGGAUAAAUUUCGUUGUCGAAAUAAUGACAAGUGUGUUAUUACAGUUGCAACACGCAAACGAUGCAAACGUUGUCGAUUAUUGAAAUGUUUUCAAUGCAAAAUGCGUAAAGAUUGGAUUUUAUCCGACGAAGAAAAGGUGAUUAAACGCGAAAAAGUCGAACGAAAUCGUUUAUUAAAGCAACAGGCUCAAAUAGCGUCACAACAAGUAACAACAACCGAUGAAAUGGCCAAAAAUUCUCGAGCGUUCAUCAAAUCCUCGCCUGCAACUUUUCCAAUGCUAACCAUGUAUCCGCCAUCGGAUCAAAAACUGUACGACCGUCAACAGUAUCUUCUCGGACAAUUAUCCCAUGGUUAUCAAUCGAUCUGUCAUCGAUAUCAUCAGCCACGUAAACUUCUCUAUCGGAAUGCAAUUAUCCUGCAAAUGGAGGAUUCGGAUUUAAAAUUAGCAUCGAUUAAAGAUCUAACACGAGAAUUAACCCAAAUGACAACAGUGCGAUUAUUGAAUUUUUUUAGUCUGAUUCCAGAAUUUCAAUUAUUGACUCAACACGAAAAAACGUCGAUUUUAAUUCAAAAUAUGUUAUCAGUUUUCAUGUUUCACGGCGCAUUAACUUACGAUGUUCACACCGACACAUUUGUUGAUCGUACAACAAACGAUGACCCAUAUGAUGCGAAAUAUCUGUCUUAUGUUUACGGUCCGAAACUUUAUCACGACUUUGUUGUUUUGGCGAAAGGUUUUCUGUCUGCUACAUAUCAAUCGACAAAUGAUAAACAAGCAGAUGAAGAUUCGCACACGGUGUUUCUAUUGCUUAUGACUAUUCUUCUCUUUUCUCAUCAAUGUCAAAUCCAUUCGAGUGAAGAACAGCAAACGAAAUUGAAGAAAAUCCAACAGAUUUACAUCGAUAUUACAGGUCGAUUCUUACACGACCGAUUCGGUUCUACUGUUGGCCAACGAAUGUUUCAACAUCUAGUUCCUUUACUCAUAGAUCUUCAAAAAUUAUGUUCAACAUUAGCCAAUGUUAAUCUAUGUGAAAUGGUUGAAGAUGACAAUCGUUCCUCAUCUCUCAGUGCAGUCGCUCAUUCGCACCAUCAAUCUUGUCAAUCAUCAUCGGAAUUCGAUUCAACUAUGAUUAGUGGGACGUCUCAUUUGAACGAAUUACAAAAAGAAAAUCGAUCACCGUAUGAUCCUAUUCAAUCUUCUCCUAUGUACACAAAUCGUACCUCGCCAUCAAUUCUUUCGAAUACCAUUAUGACAACACCUUCGUCUCGCAAUUACUGA